AUAAAACGUUGGCAGUAGCAACAGAGAGCCAACCAAGGUUUUGAUCUGUUGGAAUUUCAGUCUCGCUACCAUGCCGCUCGUUCGCUCGCUUGCGCUCAUCGCGCUGCUCACCGUAGUCGCUGCCUUCACCGACGAUCAAAAAUGCGUCUCAAAGGACAUUGGUUCUGUAGGCGACCACAUAUUUGAUGGUGCCCGGAUAAUUCCAUACGGGAAGUCAAGACAAAACUUCAUUAAAACACCUUGCAAGCCAAACAAGUGGGUCGGUGAACAUGUAGAUGUGUGCAACGUAAAGAACACCACUUCAGAGUAUCCAUCUAUCGAAGGACCUCCCGAAGGAAAGUUAACACCCUUGUAUAUCACUUGUAAAGAUCAUGACGGAUGUGAAUUCAGAUAUCUUUAUCAAUGUAUGAGUAAGUAA